AUGUCUUCAAAUGUCACACAAAUGACACCUACGGCAACCUCUGCACAAGAUCGCGCCGCACUUACUACACCGUACAUUCCACCAAGUAGUUGCACGCCCAAUUGGAAGCCGACGAGCCUGCUAUGGACUCAGGAUGGCACCUUUACGUAUCCUGUUCUGAUAUCAGCACCUCCAACUUCAUGCUACCCCUCUGGCUGGCAGAGUGGCGAGGCUAAUUCUCAGUUCACCUUUAGUCCAGCUGUUUGUCCUUCUGGUUGGGAUUAUUGGGAAAUGUCCCGUUCUGGAGGCUCUCCAGCAGUCUCGACAGCAUACUGUUGCGAAAGGUUCCACCCCCCUGAGCAUCCUACACCCCUAGAGCAAAGAGACUAA